AUGGCAGAGAACUCGCAUAACAGCACGCGUGAAAAUCACGCGGAAAAUAAAAAUGAAGAGAAUAUUCAUAUUAUUAAUCAUUCAAAUAGCAAUAGCAGUUCUAAAUUCUCGAUGGACUCUUUUGCAGCACCGAAUUUUCGAUUUGCCUCACAAAAUGAUCUAGGAAAAUUAUUUGCCACGCAAGGGAGCAGCGGAGGAGGGGGUAGCAACAUGAAUAGCCCGGGUGGUAACAUCAAUAAUAAUGCUAUUACCAGUAAUAGUAGCAGUAAUACUACAAUAUCUGAAAACGCGACUUCAUAUUUUGAUCAAACUGACCAGUAUCACACACACACCCCACUAUUUCGAAAAAUUGCGCGUCCAAUGCCUCCAUCACUGAACACCAACUUCACACAAUUAUUAAUGGCGCAUAAUAAUAAUACGAAUGGGCUUAAUUCCUCGCCGUUUUCUUUGGACAGCAGUAACGUUGCUGCUAGCCCUGAGGAUGUCAUUAGUCAUCGUCGACGCGAUAGUAAUGUUUCGGCAAUGUCGAUACAAAUGUAUGAUGCUGCCGAACCGACACAUCAGCGACGUGAUAGCAAUGUGUCUAAUAUAUCGAUGCAACUUGAUACGCCGACGCCGUCGAGCGGAUCAUCUAAUCCUCAAUUUAUGAGGAGACUAAGUAUGGACGUGAAUAUGGACAAUAAUUAUUUAGCUUUCUCCUCCUCCUCCCCUUCACCUUCAAUAAUCGAUCAAAGAAAUAACGAGAAACCAUCUCCAAUGCAGCGUGCUGUUCGAGCAAGAAGGGCGUCUUUAUUGCCAAAAACAAAAUCAUUUCAACGUAUAGUUCAUGAGUUGCAGGAUGAAUCCAGACCAUUAGAAACAGAAAUAAAGCAAGAGUAUAAAACUACCAAAGUGCUGAUGAACGAGAGUGAAAAAUAUAUGGAUUCUGAUUCGAGUUCAUCGGAGAAUAUAUUAUCUCAAGAAUUUCUUGCUACGUGGAGCAAGUUCCGUGAUGUUCAGCCAUCUCCUCCGCCAUAUACCGCCUCAAAAUUAAAUCCUGAAGUCGAGAUGUCUUUUCGCCAAGAUACUCCGUCACCAACUUCAUCAAUCGCGGGUCCAUGGCCAGUUAGUAGUCGGAUAAAACGAAAAGCCUCUGAUGAUCGAUUUGAACCAUAUUUCAAUCCAAAACGACGUGCAGUCUCACCGAGUCUAGUCGGUAGUCCUCCAAUAGUGGGUGUUCCAUCGCCACCUAUGGGAUCGACAUCACCGAUUGGAGUUAUGUCAACUUCGACUAACUCAACACCUUCCACACCACUACAACAAGAAGCGAACGGUAAAUUUGGUAAGAUGAGUUUGUCUGGUUAA